AUGCCUCUUUCCCCUCCGGGAAGAUGGAGAACCUGCAUCUUUGCCUCAAUGGCUCCGCUACUGCAAACCCGAAGCUUCAGAUCAGACGCAGCGUUAGAAGCUCUGGCCAAAGCCUCUCAAGACAAAGUACCCAACUUGCUUCUCUACAACUACCCCUCAUUCUCUGGAGCUUUCUCCGCCCUCUUCGCUCACCUCUUUCACUCUCGCCUCAACCUCCCUUGUCUCUCUCUGCCUUUCUCUUCCGUCGAACCCUUCAGGAUUGAUGAUUUGUGUAUUGAAGGGCUGGAGAGAUGCUAUCUUCUUGAUUUUCUCGGCCCAAAUGGAUUUGCAGUUGAGUUUGCGCGGAGAGCUUUGUGCGAGGUAAUUUCCUUUGAUCAUCGGAAAAGGGUACUUCCACAGAUACCCUCCGAGGAAGAUUGUCCAACGAACCUCACAUUUCAUGUGAAUCUUGAAAAGAGUAGCUGUACUGCUGUGUAUGACUACUUCUCCACUAUACUGGCCGGCAGUGAGUAUCAUAAUGGAAUGGAUGUAAGUUUAUUAGAACCUGAGGACAGAGAUCGUGUAGAAAUGGUACUUAAGUACAUCGAGGACGGAGAUCUUCGACGGUGGAGCUUACUGGAUAUUAGGGCGUUUAAUAUUGGACUUAGUGAAUGGCGCUCCAAGUUGAAUUGUGUUACUAAUCCAUACAUGUAUGAACAGUUACUGGAUAUAAGUGUUGUGGAUGCUAUCACUAAGGGAAACACUUAUAAUUCUAUUCGCCAGAAAGCUGCAAAUAAGUUACUGGAUAAUGUUUUGAAAGUAAGGUUGGGGAGAGGAUUUUAUGGGGAGUGUCUGGGAGUUCGAGCUCAUGGGAAUUCUGCACUAAGUGAUGAAAUCGGCAAGCAGCUUAGUGUAAAAAGUGCUGCUGCUGGUCUACGAUUCCCAUCCAUAUAA